AUGGCAAGUUCACCACUCCAAAACCACCCCCCCCCCCCCCCCCCCAGUCCCACUAACAACAAUCUUCCCCAGGGCACCCCCGAAUCCAACGCGCACGCUGUUCACAAAUAUAUCCUUUCCCAGCCGCAAGAUGCCCUCCUCAACAACCCAUGGGCCGUCUACCAAGCCCUGGACCUUUACAGCCGCACCGCCCACAUGAUGAACUUCAAACAAGCCAAGCUCAACGUGGCCCAAAAGGCGCUCUCGAGCAUGCAGCCUUUCCCCAAGGUCGUGCUCGAGUUCGGCACCUACAUUGGCUGCUCCGCAAUCGCGUGGGCCGCCAUCCUGCGCGACCUGAACGGUCCGUUCGCCGAGGGUCUGCACGUGUACACGUUCGAAGUCGACGAGGCGGUUGCGGCCAUCGCGCGGGACUUCAUCAAGAUUGCAGGCGUCGACGAUAUUGUGCAUGUGCUUGUGGGCCCAGCGUCGGAGUCGUUGAAGGCGCUGAUCGCCGAGGACAAGAUCACGCCCAAGGGCGUCGAUAUGGCCUUCUUUGACCACUGGGAGGAGUUCUAUCUAAGUGAUUUGCAGCUUUGUGAGGAUCUGGACCUCUUCCACGAGGGGUCGAGGGUCAUCGCUGAUAACACGGAUAUUCCUGGCGCGCCGAAUUAUUUGGCCUAUGUCAGGGAGGGGGGCCGUGGAGGGGAGGGAGAGGUGAGGUUUGAGACGCAUUCGUAUGAGUCUGAGGUGGGUGGGAAUGGGAGACGUCCGAAUAUUGUGGAGGUUUCCACUGUUGUGGCUGCUAGGCUUUGA